AUGGGCCAGAGACACCAGAUAUUUCUUGUUGCUCGCGUCGUGGCCCACGGGGAUGACGCUGCACGCUAUCGUUGUGUUGGCGCAUACCACCAUCAGUGGUGCUACGGGAGACUUCCCCUCAGCUCUACCCGUCGCUUUCUGACCCUGCUCAAGCAUUCAGACAACGCCAAAAUCGUCAAAGCUGAAAUUGAUGCUCUUCAAGGCCAAUACGGCAAAGAAACCUCAGCCAAGAACGCAAAUUAUGUCCCCUGUCCUUACUCUUUGUUUCUUGUUGCAUCAGCAUUUUGCGUCGACUUGGAAAACGGCUACAUGAGUGGGGAUAACUUUGCUCACGGUAUUCUGGAUGCGAUGAUGGGCAGUAGUCAAGGAGACAACAACGAUGGAAUCACCGUUUUCGAUAUCACGAACCCUGCCGAUCCAGCUUAUUGUCAUGUCUCAAUAUAUGGCCUUGAGGCUGCCCGCGACAAUGUUGAGAGCCGGGUGCCACUUUCUGCAGAGCGAUAUGUCCGGGCAUACUAUCCCGAGACCGCGACAAAGGACAUGGAGAACCCCGAUUUAGAUGAACUCGAUGUCAGGGCCAAGUUCGACGCGCUUCGUGGCGAGCGCCUGAUGACCAUAGAUGUUCUUGCAGAGGCAUGGCCAGAAGAAUAUAACGAGGGAGAUUCGAAGCCGGCGGUUAAACAGAAAAAGCCUCGUCAACACCUUCCGACGCUCGUUGAAUUGACCCUGGGGCCGGCCGUCGAGCAUGGCCUCAAAACAGGCGACCUCGAAGUAAUCGAAGACAUGGUCUGGCAUCCAGGAAAAGCUGCUGCGAUGUGGCCCGCCCUUCGACGACAGAAUCCAUUCCCUGAAGUAGGCAUGUCUCUUCUCAUCAAAGUCGUUCAACAGCAGGUACCGACGACUGCGACAAGCCUUGACUUAUCCGGAUUCUCGCUCUCUAACCAGCAAAUUUUGACCGUCUUAGAACAGUGCAACAUUGAUAACCUACAACACCUUGAUCUUUCACACAACCCCAAUAUUUCUGUCGAUGUCAUUCGUCUUGUUCUUGGCCAAUAUCCUAACCUUCAACGCCUUAUUCUUCUUGGUACCUCUAUCGCCAACCACGAUUUGAACCAGAUGUUGUCUGCUGAACCGUCGCUGUUUCGCAACUCCAUAGCCCCAAGCGCAUUUUCAUUCCUCGGGAUUCUCGAUAUGAACACUGUAGCCAUGACGUCGCUUCCUAUCUUUUCGCCUCUUGCACUGAUCCAAAGCAUGACCGAUAUUCUGUUUCCACUAGUCGACCCCACGUAUCGAUAUGCUAACAUGGCGGAAUGGAUCACUCAUGCGGCAUUCGGAUCGAGUUAUCGGCUCCCAGGACUAGCAUGGGGCGAACGCCGUGUUUUCUGCAUUCCAUCACCCAAUGUUUUGCAUCAUCCCAAGGUUCGAACGUGGAUAUUCGCUCUACAGUGGUUUAGGUAUAGGAGGGACAAUUUCUAUGCUUUUCUGUCUCGCGAUGGACCUGAUGGCGACCUAUUGGUGUAUGAUCUCCGAGGGUUCCUCAAAGCAAUGGAGGAAGAAGGCCGUCCACCAGUGCCCGAAGCCGAUGUCCAGAAGCUGGAAAAUGUUCUGGCGCGUCUGAAGGACACUGUCCACUUGACCGACCGCACAAAAGUAGCCGAUAGACACCAAAUCUUUCUCAUCGCGCGGGUUAUACCAGACGGCGAAGAUACUGCCAGUUAUCGCUGUGUCGGCGCGCAUAUCACCAUCAAUGGUGCUUUGGGAGCGACGCGUAACUUCCUUACGCUACUAAAGCAAACAAACAAUGCUCGAGUUGUCGAAUCAGAACUUGCUGCACUUCAAGGCCAGUACAGAGAGGACACAGCUAAUGGCUAUGUACCGUGUCCUUAUGCUCUAUUUCUAGUAGCAUCCGCGUUCUGCGUCGACCUGGAGGAUAACCAUGCUAGCGGAGGGUCGUUUUCCAAUGGCAUAUUAGAUGCACUAAUGGGAAGUGGAGAUGGCGACAACAACGACGGAAUAACUGUCUUCGACAUCUCAAAACCAACAGAUCCAGCAUACUGUCACGUCGCUGUGUAUGGUCUUGAGGCUGCCGAGGCUGGCGGAGAGGUGGAGAACUAUAUUCCCCUUUCUGCAGAGCAGUACGUCCGUGCUUAUGUUCCCCUUAAAGAGGAUGCUUCUAUGUCUGACGAGGAGGAGACUUAUGUUCGUGCCAUGAUCGACGCACUCAGUGCCGAACGCUUGAUCACAAUCGAUACGCUUGCAGAGGCUCGGCCAUGGGAAUACAAUCCUUCAGAGUCUAUCACUGACUCGGAAGUCAGUCCGUCUCGCCAACGACAGCAUCUUCCUACGUUGGUUGAUCUGACACUUGGACUUGGUGUUGAAUAUGGGCUGAAAACUGGCGAACUUCAAGUGAUAGAAGACUUGGUCUGGCAUCCCGGGAAAGCUGCCACCAUCUGGCCCGUGUUGCAGCGGCAAAACCCAUUUCCUGACGUGGGGAUGUCUCUCCUGAUCAAAGUCGUUCAGCAGCAAGUGCCAGCGACUGCAACGAGCCUUGAUUUGUCGGGUUUCUCUCUUUCUUACGAGCAGACUCUUGCCGUUGUGGAACAAUGCCAAAUUGAGCAUCUAAGAAUGCUUGAUCUCUCUCGAAACUCUUACCUUUCUGCCCAAGUCAUUCGUCUUGUCCUUGAACGACGUCCUGACAUCCAGCGCCUUGUUCUUCUCCGGACAUCGAUCUCGAACGAAGAGUUGAGCACGCUGUUGUCUGCUGAUUCGUCACUGUUUCGCUCCAAUGUUGGAGAACUCGUUCACCCUCUCCUCCUUUCUAUCGAGAAGCCCACGUUCCCCAGUGCAUUCGUAUAUGCUGGAAACCACGGAAAUCAUUCAUGCAUUGUCUCACUUCCAAUAUUCUCUCCCUCUGCAAUCAUCCAAGGCAUUACCGAUAUACUGUAG